GAUUCUUAUCAUCGAAGAAAAAGAAGAUGGACGACUAUUCUAAUGGCUCACAGAAAUCUGAGGGGCGACAUGAACACGGGCAAGAGAUGGAAGCAUUGGAUCAAGAAGUAAGGAGAAAGAGAAGGAGGAAUGAAGAGCUAGUGACUAUGCUGCGUGAGUACAGUAUGUCAAUAACAAUGGCUACUUAUACAAACCUGCGGCUAUGUGACUAUAUUGAUUUGAAUCCACCAUAUAAGCGGAGCAAGAGUAUUGAAGAUUUAAAGGAAGAACUAAAGAUUCUUGAGGAAAUUGAUUACCAUUUAACGUGCGCUUCUUAUCACGAAUUCAAGCAUAAGGAAGCAAUGGAGGUUUUGUAUGAUUAUUACGAAAAACAACAAGAAGCAUUGACACGUGAAAGGAAUGAUGAAGACUUAGAGAAAGAGCUCGAGAUGCUACAGGAAACAACGCUUGCGGCAGAGACGGCUAUAUAUCAUUUUAAGAAGGAACGGGAAGCACGGGCUAGCUUUGAGAAGAAAAUUAAAGCAAAUUAAGAGCCAUCCAC